AUGUUUUUCGUUCAUUAUUCACUACAUUCAUUAUUGAAUUUCUUCCCUUCCAUUCGCCUGAAUUUCAUUCAUUUCUCUCUUCUUUUGAUUUUCUUUCUUUAUUUAUAUUCCUUUCUUGCUUUUUUUAAUCUUUUAUUUUCGAUAUUUUUUUGGUUAUUUAUUUCAACUGCACACUUUGAUUCGCCUUUAUUUUCCACGCUCUUUUUAUUUAACUUUUAUUUAUUUCUCUAUUUCUCUCUGCUUACUCUUUUCUUUGACUUUAAAAAAUAUCUAUUUUCCUAUUCCUUCCACUCUCUCCUUUUUCCUAUUUCUCUCUCUCUCUCUCUCUUUCGUUCAGUUUCUUUCCUACUCAUUUUACUAUUUCUCUCUCUCACUCAUUCAUUCAGUUUCCUUCCUACUCCCUUUUCCUAUUUCUCCAUCUCUCUCUCUUUUGUUCGGUUUUUUUCCUACUCCCUUUUACUUUCUCUCUCUCUCUCUCUCUCUCUCUCAUUCAGUUUCUUUCCUACUCAUUGUUUCUAUUUUUCACUCUCUUUCGUACUUUUUCCUAUUUCUUUCUCACUUUUUCGUUCAGUUUUUUCCUACUCCCUUUUCCUAUUUCUCUCUCUCUCUCUCUUUCAUUCAGUUUCUUUCCUCCGCAUUUUUUUUCUCUCUCUCUCUCUCUCUCUCUCUCUCAUUCAUUCAGUUUUUGCUACUCAUUUUUCCUAUUUUUCUUUUUCUUUCGUUCAGUUUAUUUGCUACACCCUUUUCCUAUUUCUUUCUCACUCUUUCGUUCAGUUUCCUUCCUACUCCCUUUUCCUAUUUCUCUCUCUCUCUCUUUUUCAUUCAUUUUCUUUUCUACACAUUUUUCCUAUUCCUCUCUCUCUCUCAGUCUUUCCUUCAAUUUACUUCCUAUUUCCUUUUCUUAUUUCUCUCUCUCUCUCUCUCAUUGAGUUUCUUUCCUACUCCCUUAUCCUAUUUCUCUCUCUCUCUCUCUAUUUCAGUUUCUUUCCUACUCUCUUUUACUACUUUUCUCUCUCUUUCGUUCAGUUUCUUUUCUACUACCUUUUCACCUGUCUCUUUCAUAUUCAAUAUCUUCUUUGUGUUCUUUCUUUCUUUCUCAAUUGCUUUCAAAAUGUAUUCUUUCUUUCUUUUGUCCCCUUUUUCUUUCUCGUUUGCAUUAUUUCAUUUUCGCUUUCACAUCAAAUUUUCCUUCGUCUAUACCUUUAUUUAUCUCUUUCUUUUUCUUUCUUCAAUUUGUUUCUUCCUAUUUUCUAUCAUAUUUUACUUCUCUCUCUCUCUCUCUGUCUGUCUCUCUUUCGCCACUUUGUUUCGUUUAUUUUUUUCGCCUUGCUCUUCUUUAUAUUUUAUUUUUCCCUGACUACUUUUCUUAACAUUUCUGCCCAUCUCACUGACAUUAUUGUGUUUCUUUUAUCUACGCUUCUUCAUCGCUUUGUGCUAUCUUGUCAUUAUCUUUCAUCUUGUGUUUCUUCUUCUUCUUUUUCUUCUUCUUCUUCUUCUUGUUCUUCUUCUUGUUCUUCUUCUUCUUCUUCUUCUUCUUCUAGAUUCAAUGUUCAUCUUACUCUCUCCCUCGAACUCGCUUUCUCUGUACUUCCCUAUUCCUAUAUUUCCCUUUCUUUUUCAAUCUGA